AUGAUACCCACCUCUCCUUCUCCUCCCCUCCCCAUCCACUCCCCCACGUCUCCUUCUCCUCCCCUCCCCAUACACUCCCCCACCUCUCCUUCUCCUCCCCUCCCCAUCCACUCCCCCACCUCUCCUUCUCCUCCCUCCCCAUCCACUCCCCCACUACCCCUUCUCGUCCCCUCCCCAUCCACUCCCCCACCUCUCCUUCUCCUCCCCUCCCCAUCCUUUCCCCCACCUCUCCUUCUCCUCCCCUCCCCAUCCACUCCCCCACCUCUCCUUCUCCUCCCCUCCCCAUCCACUCCCCCACCUCCCCUUCUCCUCUCCUUCCCAUCCACUCCCCCACCUAUCCUUCUCCUCCCUCCCCACCCAUCCACUCCCCCACCUCCCCUUCUCCUUCCCUCCCCGUCCACUCCCCCACCUCCCCUUCUCCUCUCCUCCCCAUAUCCACUUUCCCACCUCCCCUUCUCUCCUCCCCAUCCACUCCCCACCUAUCCUUCUCCUCCCCUCCCAUCCACUCCCCCACCUCUCCUCCUUCCCUCCCUAUCCACUCACUCCCCCACCUCUCCUUCUCCUCCCCUCCCCAUCCACUCCCACACCUCUCCUCCUCCCCUCCCCAUCCACUCCCCCACCUCUCCUUCUCCUCCCUUCCCCAUCCACUCCCCCACCUCCACUCCACCAACCGCAGUGCAAUUCCUGCGGGACUGCCAGACGGCAUGGGAUGAGGCGUUGCCUGGUUGGGGGGCCGCCCAUCCGGACUGCAGCAGAGCAAAGGGUAUCACAUGCGACAGCAACGGAAUGAUCUUGGAGAUGAAUCUACCUGAGCUCAGUCUAAGCGGGUCCAUUCCGGAUUCCAUCAGCAGCCUCCGCGAGCUCUCUCUCCUGUACGUUCUCAUUGAGGUGUAUUUUGAUUUGAGGCGCCUCAAUAUACUAUGCGAGCUCUCUAUUCUGUACGUUCUCAACGGCCCAAACGCAUUGGCAACCAGAAAUCGGCUGCAGCAGAUGCGGGAAAAGAGGGAGGAGGAGGGGAAGGGCGUUGGGUAG